AUGGUUACUCAUGAGGUGCAAGAAGAAUACCAAGCUUCAAAGAACAACACUUGUUACUAUACCCCACAGGCUCAAGAAGAUAACCAAAUAGAACAUCCAACUUUAGCUAAGACUCUAUCACCAUUAGUAGAAAUGUAUCUACUCCCACUUCAGCUCUUAUCAUGGAAACAUCUCCAUCAACCAUUAUCAACAAGGAGGUCCAAGAAACUUUCUAUUGUUGAUCCCUUUAACACAUUGGCUCAGGUUAGUGAAUUUCAGAAUCCUUCUAGAUUUGCUGUCCUAGGUGAUGUAGACAUACCCCCUGAUGAACCAAUGAGCUCGCUUGGGUUUACAAAGGGUGGGAGGGAGACAAGACCUCCAAUCAAGUUCAAAGAUCUAGAAUGA